AUGGAUCUACCGCUCGAUCCUCCUCUACGUCUACGAAUCGUAGAAGAACGUUCCGAGUCGCUCGACGACGCUUCAGAGAUGCUCAAUACCUUUAUCGAGAACUUUGAGAGGAGAACGGCAGCUGCUGGAGCUGGAGAUGCUGCGGCGGCUGCUAGUAGUGGAGGAGGCAGCGGGUUGGUGGGAGGUGCGCUGGCUAGAUUAGCAGCUAAUUUGGACGUGGAGAAACAAAGAGAGGCACGGACCUUGUAGUACGUUGCACGACAGGGCGUUGAUGAUCUUUUCAAAGAACGUGAGUAGGUGGUGAUGGGCCAUGGGCCGGCGUGCUAGGUGUGCGAAAGAUGCAAAAUAUUUCCCAAUGUCGCUUAGCUUUGGAGCAUGGGCUGCUGAGUCUCGAACUCGCGCCCUGCUCUGCUUAUGAGCGAUGAAAGCGUAAAAAUGUCAUAGUUACGCUGACGCAUACAAGGUGGAUUGGAAGUUCAUGUGGCUGGCUGUAUGCGCGCGGAUUGCUUAUGAGUGUGACACAGGCUAAUGGACGCACCUUCCUCUGUUGUCCAGACCAUCCUCAUUGCUACUGA